AUGAUGCGAGAGACUUUUAAGCCUGCUGCAUCUAAGAAAAAGCCAAUCUCCAGCCGAGUAGUGAAGAAAGACACAUCGUCACUCAGCACGAGACUUCAACAGGCAGAGGACCUUGUGAAAGAGCGCCUUAUGCUCCACCAGCCUGUACCAGAUCAACACUUCCCCAGAGGUCUGGUGCUCUCAGUGAUGAAGCGCCUGGUGGAUGAGAGACUCGGUGCCAUGGAGUACAGCCCGGCAUGUUCGGCCGUUGCCACAGAUCUGUCCGAAUCCAUUAAAGAGGCAGUGAAAAGCCUCUCCAGCGGACGCUAUAAACUCAUCUGCUGUGUGGCCAUCGGGCAGCUUCACAACUCUGCUGUUUCCUGCUCGAGCCGCAGCAUCUGGAAUCCAGACACAGACACCUUCACAGAGUACCUGUUUAAAAACCAGCAUCUGUUCACGUUGUGCGUUCUCUUCGCCGUGUACCAAGAGUAG